AACAUAACCGAUCGACAAAAAUGCAGUUCUGAUAUGGAAGGUUUGAUAAGUCGUUCAUCAAAAAUAAUGUUUCAAAGAAUUCAGACAAAUAGAAUUAUAAAAUUAAAUUUACUUAGUCUGCGACCUCACCGAAAUUUUAAUUCAAACAUAAGUAAUAAAUCAAUAAAUACUGAGUUAGAAGAUAAUAAUACAAAGGAGACAUCUCGUGCUUCACCCAAUUUAAUUCGUUCAGAGAUUCUCCGUGCAUCACUUUCAUUCGUUCCAAAAUAUGGAUGGUCAAUUGAAUCGUUAUCACAUGGAGCAAAUUCACUUGGAUAUCCAUCUGUUUCUCAUGGACUAUUUCCUAGAGGUGGAAUUGAAUUAAUUGACUGGUUUUUGGAGGAUAGUCGUGGGAAGAUGGUUAAUGAAUUGAUUAAUAAAAUGGAUGG